AGGAAGACUAGAUUGGUAGACUUGACUUAAUUAAUAGCUUACGCGUUAUGAUGUGUGACUUGUGAGCUUGGUUUGGUUUGGUUUCCUACCCAUUAUUAUAUUGUUGCUCCUCCGAUCCUUUGAUUACACAUACACACACACAAUGAUGGCGACUUGGCAUUACAUUUACUACACCCAAACCCAGUCAUCAUUACGUAUCCUUGCAGCAGCGCAAGUUCUCCUAGUACUAGUAGUAGUUAUCCUUUGUUCGCAAUCCAGCCUGCUUAUCUGUGGCCAACCGCAACCGCUUGCGGAGUAUAAUAUUGGCAACUCCUCCUCUAUUAUUUCCUGGACCGACAGUAAUAGUAACUACUCCUAUGACGCAAAUUAUGGAGUUGGAUUAUCCAGGGUUAUCCUGUUCAGACAAAUCAAUUCUUCUACCAGCUUCGCAUGUGGCCUAAUCUGUGAUUACUUUGGCACUACCUGCCUCUUCGGUGUCCUUGUUUCCCAAUAUUUUUAUUACAACUCGCCUCACAACCACCAGUAUCUAAUUUGGUCUGCUAUCCAGAAGCGAACUGUGACAGUAAAUGCAAGCUUGGAACUGAGGCGAGAUGGAGGGUUGUUUCUGAUGGAGUCUGACGGAUCCCUGGUUUGGUCCACGCACACCAAUACCAAUGUCUCCGGUUUGAAAUUGACGGAUAAGGGAAAUCUUGCCAUUUUUGGACAAAAUAAUGAAACCAUUUGGCAGUCUUUUGAUUAUCCAGUGGACGUUAUACAACCUCGUCAAGGGCAAGUAAAAAAUGGUAGGGCAAUGGAGCUUAUCAGAGGCAGCAUAUCAACUUCAAACUAUGGAGAAGAUGGGGUUCCAUUAUCUGUAGUUCUCCUGUUCCGUCAUGGCAGCAUUCAUUAUGAUGGGAUGUUUACGUGUGGCUUAAUCUGUGAUGACUUCGGCACUACCUGCCUCUUCGGUGUCCUCUUACUCCAGGAUAUUGAUAUACCCAAUGAAUUAAACUUGGAUUACCAGAGUCUAGUUUGGUCUGCUAACCGGAACCAUCCUGUCACAGUUAAUGCAACCGUGGAACUGAGGCGAGAUGGAGGCUUGGUUUUGAUGGACUCUAAUGGAACAGUGGUUUGGUCCACACACACUAAUGGGACUCCUGUCUUGGGAUUGAAUUUGACCGAGAAUGGAAACCUUGUCAUUUUUGGCAAAAAUUAUGAAACCAUUUGGCAGUCUUUUGAUCAUCCUACAGACACUAUACUACCUGCUGCUUGGAAAGUAAUGUCGUCCGGUCUUAGGGGACAGACGAUUCUCAAAGCCAGUAUAUCAAAAUCAAUUUUUGGAGAAGGUUUAUAUUCACUCUACAUUGAUUAUGACUAUUCGGCUUAUGCUUAUAUACGCUCCUCUAAUGCGUAUUGGUAUCAAUAUGCUAAUAUAGAAGAUAUGUCCAAUUAUUUUCCAAACAAUGCAUUCAUCAAGUUUGAGCCUGAUGGACAUUUGAGAACGUAUGGAAUUGAGUCUUCUGACUGGGCGGAAACUGCUGAUGUUUUUACACCUCCUACUGGUUUUUGUGGAUACCCAUUGGCUUGCGGAAAAUACGGUGUUUGUGAUGGGUAUAAUCAAAACUGUAAUUGUCCUCCUGAUCAUGAACUGGGCUUUUUCACGCCAGUUAACCGAAGUCAAGCAACCCAAGGAUGUUCUUUAAAUACUCCCAUUUCGUGUGAGCAUUCCCAACUCCACACUCUUCUGGAGAUGAAGAAUACGAGUUUCAUUGGCCACAAUGUGAGAGACGAAUUUGGUGACUACACUGAUUUACAAAGUUGUAAAAACAGAUGUUUGAGGGACUGCUCAUGCAAAGCACUUCAUUUUUAUGGUGGUUAUUCAAAAGGGUACUGUUUAUUGCUGAAUCAAGUUCUCUCCCUUGUGACCAUGGACUACGUGGGAAGCAACAAAUCUAUUUAUCUGAAGGUGCAAAAUUCCUCGACUCAGCUAUCAAUUCCAAAAACUACUCAUCCAUGGGUUCAACAGAGGCAUGCCAAAAUUAUAUUGGGGACUAUUGGUGCUUCCAUGGCUGUGCUUGUAAUAAUCACCAUUUAUUUUUUGUUGGUUAGAAAGAAAACAGUCCAACCUGAAGAUGAGGAAGAGUUUUUGGAUGGUCUGCCAGGGUUUCCUACUCGAUUCUCUUAUCAAGACUUGAGUGCUAUGACCCAAAAUUUCAGUACAAAACUUGGAGAAGGAGGGUUUGGUUCUGUUUUUGAAGGUGCACUGUGCGGAGGCACUAAGAUUGCAGUAAAGUGCCUCAAGGGAGCUGAUCAAAUCAAGAAUUCAUUUAUGACAGAAGUUGAUUUUGUGCUACAAAAUCACAGAGGCUUCUAG